GGCUGAGAGCUGAGUUGGUGGUUUCAGCUCAAACCAGCAGUAUUUAGCUAGCUAGCUUGGCACAACCUGGGAGGGACUGCUAAAAUGUUACCAUUAUCUAUAAAAGACGACGAGUACAAGCCACCCAAAUUCAACCUCCUAGCCAAGAUUUCAGGAUGGUUCAGAUCUAUCCUAUCUGAUAAAACAUCACGCAAUUUGUUUUUCUUUCUCUGUCUGAAUCUGUCCUUUGCUUUUGUUGAAUUAUCGUACGGCAUAUGGAGUAACAGUUUAGGUUUGAUAUCAGAUUCCUUUCACAUGUUCUUUGACUGCACUGCACUUUUAGCCGGACUUGCAGCCUCCGUGAUUUCCAGGUGGAGGUCGAAUGACUCAUUCUCAUAUGGAUACGUGAGGGCGGAGGUGUUGGCAGGGUUUGUGAAUGGCCUGUUCCUCAUCUUCACUGCCUUCUUCAUUUUCUCAGAAGGCGUAGAGAGGGCUUUGGAGCCGCCACACGUGAAUCACGAUCGUCUGCUCCCUGUGUCUGUCGCUGGGCUGCUGGUGAACCUGGUGGGCAUCUUUGUGUUCCAGCACGGGGGCCACGGCCACUCUCACGGAGGGGAUGAAGGUCACGGCCACAGCCACUCUCUGUUCAAUGGCAAUGCAGGUCACGGACACAGCCAUGGGGGGCAUGGGCACGAGUCCAAACAUGGAGAUGGGCACGAGCACAGGCAUGAAGAUGGACACGGGCACAGCCACGGACAUGGGCACAGCCACGGAGAGCACGGCCACUCCCACGAGGACCCUCACUGCCAUGAUGAACUGCACACGCCAGGGAAGGGCUCCAGCAAACAGAUUUUGCAAGGGGUGUUUUUACAUAUCGUAGCUGACACACUGGGCAGUGUGGGAGUGAUCAUCUCAGCCAUCCUGAUGCAGAAGUAUGAUCUGAUGAUCGCUGACCCCAUCUGCUCCAUGUGCAUCUCCAUUCUCAUCGGAGUCAGUGUAGUGCCUUUGCUGAGGGAGUCCAUCGGGAUUCUGAUGCAGCGGACUCCGCCCUCUCUGGACAAUUCCCUGCCAGAAUGCUACCAGAGGGUGCAGCAGUUGCAGGGUGUGUACAAUCUGCAGGAGCCUCACUUCUGGACCCUAUGCACAGAUGUCUACAUUGGCACAGUCAAGCUGCUAAUUGCACCCGACGCUGACAGCAAAUGGAUUCUAAGCCAAACGCACAACAUUUUCACACAGGCUGGAGUACGGCAACUGUAUGUCCAGAUAGAAGUGGCAACGAUGUAGGACUCGUUCCUCAUAUCUCCCUGGGACCAAAGCCUCUGUGUGCUGCUGUGGGGUUUCCCCCCCACCCUUUACCCCCGAAACCCCGCAUCUCUCUGGGUUUUAAAGUCCACAUCAUAAACCAAGGACUAAGACGGAAGCAGCUACAGGACAAGUACACUUUGACUCUUGAGAGGGCACAAGAAAAUGGGGGAAACCAAAACUUGCCAAUUAUGUGACGUCUGCGGGGAAAACGAGAACUUUGCACACACCCAUUUUACUGUUUAGGAAGUGUUUAUCUUAAUGUCAGAGACCUAUUUUGGUUUUAUCAUUUUUUUUUCUCCCCAUUUUAAGAUGGGAUUUUAAUUAAUUUGUAACUAUUGUCUGUGUUUAAAGUACACUUCAAUGGACAUUCGUGUUAAGCCCUGCAACCAUGUAAGAUCCAUAGAUAGUCUAUUUUUAUACGUCCAUAUCAGUCACACACAAUUAAGGGGCAUAUUCCAUUUGGCCAUUUAGUUGCACUUUGCACACUUGAGCCAUUCAACUGUCAUUCUGGGUUUAAGUGCCUUUUUCACCAAAUCAUGGACGAUCUGGAAGUCAUUCGUUCCCCUAUGAGACUGGAAUCAUGUCCCUCAAGACCCAAAAGGAAUCAGAUGACCAACAUGGGUCUUGUUAUUCCAACCCUUUGGUUCCAUCCUUGAUCCAGCAUCUCUUUGAGGGUUGUCAUGGUAUUUUCCUAAGGGAAUAUUGUCAUAAUUCCCUGGACGGCACACAGUGGCUUUAUUUUAACCUUGAACAGCUGCGCACGACCUUGUCAAAGAGGAUGGUUAAAACCGAUGUAAAAAUGAAGUAAGCCUAAAACCCAUGAUUUCAUUGCCCUCAUUGGUCUUACUUUAAUGUAAUGGGCAAAGUGUGCAGUUGGCCAGUUCCAUUCUUAUUUUGAAAUGUAAUAAAUGAUUUUACUGCAUAUAAUUUAAUUUCUCUCAUUACUGUGGCAGAGGUUGAAAUUUGAUAGUUUAACUUGAGGAAAAGGUUUGGCACAGAUUGCACAUCAAUGUUUAUUCUACAUUUCCAUUUAUUUGUUACCUGGAUAUUUGAGAGAAGAGGUGGCGCACAUUUUUAAAUGUAUUUUGCGCAGUU